AUGGGGAUCAUCGCGGUGGCAGAGGAAGGGCGAGUCUUCGGCCAGAUGAGGCUUGAAGCCUUGCUGAGAGUUUCCUGGGAAGCUGAAUACUUGGGUGCCGGCAUGAUGGAGGAGUUGGCCGAGAUGUACCCUCAGCAUGCCGAGAUACUUACAGCGUGUGCAAACAUGGAAUGGUUCAAUAUCGGCUACUGUAAGAGAUUCUGCGAGGAUGCUAACAUGAAGAUCAGUGAUGAUCAUGCAGAGAAGGUAUUUCAGACGGGAGCAAUGAUGGCACGCAGGACCCUCGGCACGUUUGAGGCAGCGGCAAAGCUCUUGAUCUUCGAGACCCCCGCUGCAAUAUUGCUGUACAGUCGACUCAAGACAAUCGCCGGGAAUCCUGAGCUGAAGGCCCUUGCCGAUGACUUGAUUGAGCAUGAGAGCGUUAUGCGAGACUGGUUCAAGUCUGAGUUGGAGGGAGAGUCUGAUGGAGGCAGAGGAAUCUUUGCAUACCUCGAGCGCCACGGCAUCGGCCGCACGGAAGCAGUGACUCGUCGCCCUCGCAAGGGCAUCACCAACGGUGGCAUCAAGACCGAUAGACAGUUUCGAUCUGCCGACUGCUGCUUCCACGGUUGCUUCAAGUAUCUUGUCCAGAGGGGCGUCUAG